CGCCCGCGCCAUGGCGGGGAAGGCGGCCGCGGCCGGCGCCGGGGUGCUCCUGGUCACCGCCAACGUCGGGUCCCUCUUCGACGACCCAGAAAAUUUACAGAAGAAUUGGCUUCGGGAAUUUUAUCAGGUUGUCCAUGCACACAAACCCCAUUUCAUGGCUUUACACUGUCAAGAAUUCGGAGGGAAAAACUAUGAAGCUUCAAUGUCUCAUGUGGACAAGUUCGUGAAAGAACUGUUAUCAAGUGAUGCAAUGAAAGACUACAACAGAGCUCGAGUUUACCUGGAUGAGAACUAUAAAUCACAGGAACAUUUCACGGCUCUAGGAAGUUUUUACUUUCUUCAUGAAUCUUUGAAAAACAUCUACCAGUUUGAUUUUAAAGCUAAGAAGUAUAAAAAGGUUACUGGGAAAGAAAUCUACUCUGACACUUUAGAAAGCACACCCAUGCUGGAAAAAGAGAAGUUUCCACAGGAUUAUUUCCCUGAGUGCAAGUGGUCCAGAAAAGGAUUCAUUCGAACAAGGUGGUGUAUUACUGAUUGUGCCUUUGACUUGGUAAACAUUCAUCUUUUCCAUGAUGCUUCCAAUUUAAUUGCUUGGGAAACAAGCCCAUCGGUUUACUCAGGAAUACGGCAUAAGGCUCUUGGCUAUGUACUUGAUAGAAUUAUCGAUCAGCGAUUUGAGAAAGUUUCAUAUUUUGUCUUUGGAGAUUUCAACUUCAGACUGGAUGCCAAAGCAGUAGUAGAGACACUGUGUGCAAAGGCCACGAUGCAGACCAUCCGGGCAGCUGACACAAAUGAAGUAGUCAAGCUAAUAUUUCGUGAAUCUGAUAAUGACCGAAAGGUUAUGCUGCAAUUAGAAAAGAAGCUCUUUGACUAUUUUAAUCAAGACGUAUUUAGAGACAACAAUGGCACUGCGCUUUUAGAAUUUGACAGAGAGCUGUCAGUCUUUAAAGACAGAUUGUAUGAACUGGACAUCUCAUUUCCUCCCAGUUACCCCUACAGCGAGGACUCCAGCCAGGGAAGGCAGUACAUGAACACGAGAUGUCCAGCCUGGUGCGACAGAAUCCUGAUGUCCCACUCGGCCAAGGAGCUCAUUCUGAAGUCAGAAAAUGAUGAGAAGAUAGUAAUAUAUGACCACAUUGGGCCAAAUGUCUGCAUGGGGGAUCACAAGGAAAAAGAUGCCUACGAAGUGAGAAGAUUUUCCGUGAAACCACACUGUAGCCAGGAGGGAAGGCAGCACACUGAAAUCUGUAAUCCUAACAGCUGUAUUGAUAAAUCCAGUCCUGAGUGCCACAUUUUUAGACUGCUGAUCGUACACUAUGCUUCAGCAUCUGGACUCUGUUCAAGAGACGCCUCACAUACCUCACUGUCUUGUAUGUUCAUGUGACAUCAAGUAGAAAUGUGGAAUUAUUUUUUAUAUAUAUGUCACAGUUCUGUUGCCAAAACUCUAAAUAGACAGCAGAGAUGUUAUGUAUUCUAGAUUUCACAACUUUCAACUUUUAAUAAGUGUUUGUCAAUGUGGAAAAGCUAUUUCAGCAUAUUAUAAAGUUUUAAAGGUAUCAUACCCCAUAUAUAUCUUUACCACUUUGGGAUUUUGUACAUUGGAUUGUACAGAUAGAGAUAUUGAUGGUUUUAAAUGGUAUUUUCUUUUUUGACCAAGGCUUAUGGUUUGUGUUUUAGUUUUAGUAUUUUGGUUUUCAUUUUUUAUUUUUUUUUCUCAUUUUAUUUACUAUACUGCCAUGUUACAUGGUUUUUGAAUCACACAGCAGCUGCUUUCUAUACAUACAUAUAUAUGUGUGUGUAUAUAUAUGUAUGUAUGUGUAUAUAUACACAGAUAUAUAAAUAAUUUAUAAACCUGACCAAAACUUAUGCUAAAUAUACUUUCCAAUAUGAAUGCUUGAGAGUGCCAUAUCAGCAGUAAGUAUUGGAGUCUUAGCAGGUUUAGUUAAGUGUACAUCAACAACCAACAUUUAUAUAAUAAAUAAUAUAUAGCAGUGCCAUCCUUGAUACAGAUAUAUAGCAUACUAUAUAGCACAUAUAUUAGCAGUUUCACUUUGUUACUCCUAUAAUCUCUUCUUUCUAUGUAAUAUUAAGGAUUGAAUGUGAAGUUCUUAGCUAGGUUUGGGUGUAACUUUCCAGAAUUUUGUAAACUGUUUUUGUCCGUCUUUUGUUACUGUUUUAUGGUGCCAUAUUCUAUAUUGAAACAAUAACAACACGGGAGAAGAAAAUAAUAGUCUGCUUCAAGUAGCAACUGUAUUGGACACAGACUGUAUUUAUACAGUAUUAAAGAAAAAAAAAAAAAAAACACAAUCAUCAACCCAACUGUAAAUUUUCCCGGUUAGUAGCUCAGUGCAGCCUACAAUAUAGUCUUGUUACAGACAUUUUCCUCCCACCACUAAAUACAACAUUAAAAGGUGAUUAGGGAGUCUGUUGAUGAAACACAAAUGUAUGUUUUAUUGAUUUAAUUUAGAACACUACAGAGUUCAUGGACUGCGCGAUGGCAUUAGAUUGAUGCUUGAUUUUGGUAUAAAUCACUACCAUUGGAAAUGAUUUGAUGUCCGCUUGCAGAGUUUUCUCAACAGUACAGCCCACUUUAUAGCAAGUAUUGUUGCCCAAAGGGUGUCUGCAGCUCUGUAUUGUUACUGUGCCAUGUUGCAUUAUAACCACACAGUAAUUCUAUUUAAGCGAACUCAACUCAUAACUCUGAAGGCCUUUAGAAAUGAGUACUCUGGUUCUCAAGCAAUAAAACUAAUCAUGGUGAA